GCUCAUAAUCAAUCAGGCAGUAGGCCAUGCCCGCAGCAAUUGAUCGUCAUUAGUUACUCUCUAAUGGGUUUUACUCCCUUCCUCUUGUGUUUUUGCUAAUCGGACCGGAUAAGUCCCUUCACUGAUGGAUUUCAGAGUGCUGCACAAACAUUCACACGUGUGUGUGUGUGGGAAAAGGGGACUCCCUCUUGGCACAGGCUGUGGGAAGUUGCGCGCAUAACUUUCCCACUUCCCCGGUUGUUGCUGUUGGUGUUGCUCGCAUAAAACUGAACUCGCACCAUCGCAGCAGGAUCACCGCGCCACAGGUCAAACAAUUCGGUUAGUCGUUCGAAAGUCGUUGACAUGAUCGCGACGGUGCCGGCAGUUUGGGCGAUGACCUUAACCGUAGGAUUGAUGAUGUUGACCGCAGUUGGAAGAGCCCGAAGGUUGCCAGAUUCGUUUGUUGAAGAAAAAGAAGACUGUGCGAUACCGCAAGAGUUGGCGAAAGGAACUUGUCGGAGUGUGGCCGAUUGUCCUGCGUAUCAGAAGAUCACAAACGACAGGGGUCUUAAUUCGAUUGAACAGGAACAGUUCGAGGAGGCGAUUCGGUGCGGACGACGGGACGGUUCGGAGGUUUGUUGUCCCACGUUGGACCGUUACCGAGUGUUUGAGGAAUUGAAGGACGAAGUUUGUGGUAUUCAAGCUCCGAUGUUUCGAAUUCGAGGCGGCGUGAUAGCCGAAAUCGACGAGUUCCCGUGGACGGCUAUGAUUCUUCGGCAGAACCGAGACUCCGGAGGACUUUACUACCAUUGCGGAGGAGCUCUGAUCAGUCGGAACUUCGUCCUGACGGCAGCUCACUGUAUUUCUCCGGAUGUUGAGGGAAAGAAACAGGAUCCACUAAAAUUCGUUCGACUGCGAGAGUACAACAUUUACCAGGAUCCGGACUGUAUGUUGGACAGUGGCUUUCUGGACUGUUCGGACGAAAAGCUAGACUACAAACCACGGAAGCUGCUGCUUCAUCCGAGCUUCAAUUUGGACUCUGCAACCCACAAUCAUGAUCUGGGAUUGAUUGAGAUUGAUCCAGUUCCACCGUAUUCGGACUUCCUACGACCGAUUUGUCUACCGGAACUGGACCUGGACAACGGGGCACGUCCCGGUGGAGUUUUCAAUGUUGCCGGCUGGGGACAGACGGACUUCUUUGACAAAGGAUUCGGUUCGAUCAGUUUCAGUCCAAUCAAACUGAAGGUUGUGCUGCCAUUUGUGGCUCCGGAUCUGUGCAAGGAUGUUUACGAAGGGAUGAAUGUCCCACUGCACGACAGUCAGCUUUGCGCCGGUGGCCGAAAAGCCAAAGAUUCCUGUGCCGGAGAUAGUGGAUCUCCGCUGAUGCAUUACGAUCGCGAAACGGCGGUCUGGGUGCUGACCGGGGUGGCCAGUUUUGGCGUUCGGGAUUGUGGCCGGGCUGGCGUACCGGGCGUCUACACGAACGUGCGGGAGCAUUUGUCGUGGAUUAAGCAAAAUAUACAAAAUACAUAAAAA